AUGGAUGAAAUUUUUGACACUCUCCUUUUGUCGUACGAUGAUGGUUUAAUAUCAGACGAGGAGCUUUUACUUCUCCAAGAUUACUUAUGUAUAUCGCCAUAUAGGCACUCAAAUUUCCCUUAUCGGUAUUAUAAUCCAUUUGACUGGGAAAACCUUGACGAACUUACUUGCAAAGUUGAGUUUCGGUUUGACAAACAAGACAUUCCAAGGUUGCAAGAAGCGCUUCAAUUUCCAGAAAUGAUUUCCAUCCCACAUGCUACAGACUGUCCUGGAAGCUUUGUGCAUAUUGCUCAAAAGAUUUGCUUACCCA